GCCCCGGUGUGGCCUUUGGGGUGCCACCCUGCGCCCCACAAACGCCUUCCUGCCGCGCCACCGGGGGCUGGGUGGGGGGCAGAGCUGCGGCUGUGGCCGGGGUGGGGCUGGGGACAUUCCCGGCAGCGACACCGCGGUGGCCGCGGUGGCAUCAAUGCCCGUCCUCUGCAGGGCCUGGGGUGGCACGGGGUGACACGGGGUGACACAUCCGCAUCCCGGCUGGGGGACAUCUCAAUUCCCAGCUUCCAAAUCUGAGCCCCGGGGAAGCCCCGCCCUGGGGUGACCACCGGGGCCCGGUGGCCGUUCCCACGCGGCGCCGCGGCCGCGCCAGGCCCGGUGGGACGGGGAACCGCCGGUGUGGCCGGGAAGGAGGCGUUCCCCGGCCCCACGCUGGCGCCGGGCCAGGCUCCCAAAUGAGACGCCUCGCACCGCCGAGCUCCCACUCACACCUCCCCGGUAUAAAACCCCGGCCCGCCGCAGCCCGCGCACACCUGGGACAGCCCGCGCUGCAGCUCCCCCGGGACCCCGCGGCAGAGGAGAGACCCCCGGAGAGACCCCGGAGAGACCCCGGAGAGACCCCGGAGAGACCCCGAGGAGCCCCCGAGGAGCCGCACCAUGGGCCAGUGCAACUGCCGCAAGAAGCGCAAGGACUGCCAGGAGCUCACGGACGUGGAGCGGGCCAUCGAGACCGUCAUCAGCCAGUUCCACUGCUACGCCGUGAAGGGGCAGAAGGAGUACCUGACCCCCAACGAGAUGCAGGAGCUGGUGGUGCAGAAGCUGCCACACCUGGGCAAGUGCGUGGGACCCCUGGAAGAGAAGAUCGAGUGCAUGGGAGACCCUAACGAGGCCAAGCUGGAGUUCGGGGAGUACUGGGACAUGAUGGGCGACGCGGCCAAGGGCUGCCGGAGGAAGUAGAGAGCGGCGGGGGACGGGGGAAGGCGCCCGGGGCCGCGGGCUCCGCUCCUGGAAGCGCCGGAGGCCGCCGGUCCCGGGGGAUGCGCCUGGGAAAAAGCGUCGCUCCUGCCGGGUCUCGGAGGAUCCCCGUGCCCGGAUCCCCCUCCCCGGCUCCGGCCCUGCCCUCCUCGGUUCUCCUUCCCGUCAGGAACGCUCCCUUCCCUCCCCCGGGGGGCGCGGGGGGUCCCGGCCCCGCUCCGGAGCCGCCUCUCUCCGUCCUUUGCUCCAUCCCCGGCCCCUUCCCGCCCCCCGGGAGUCCCCCGGGAACCCCCCGGGA